AGAAAAAAGUGACAGAAAGUGGAAAAUUGAUUAGUGACACCAUCGCUAUAAAUAGGAAAAAAAAAUAAUAACAACAAAAUAAAUAAAAAAAUAGGCGACAUCGAUAAUGAAGCAGAAAGCAAAAAAACGGAACCCUCCGUAAUCCCAACAAAAAAAACGAGUAAAAGAAAAGCAAUCUCGCCAAAAACGGACAAAGAAAACAACAUUAGCAUAAGACUUUCCGCGCAAAAAACGCGGAAACUCAACCCACAACCAAAACUAGUGGGAAGGUCCAAAAGACUACCAGACAACCCGGAAAACACAGAAGAAGAUCUCGUUCUAAUCCAAGAAGAAAACAAUACACAAGAUCCCACCGUCAAAGAAAGCAAAACCAUGAAAACUACAAGAAGCCCUCCCUCACCAGUGAUACCAACAAAAAACAGAUUUGAAGUGUUACAAACACAGGAAACCACCAUACCUCAACAACAGAAUCACACUCAAGCAACGUCAACAAAAGAAUCAACAAUACAAAAUGCGAUCGUGGAAGCCAUAAGAAAGAAGAACAAUGAAAUGCGAAUCAAAGCAAACAGGAGGACUACGUCCACAUUGGGAACACCACACACCCAAGAAAAAUCAAACGACACACGAACAAACAGCCCCCUCGCCCCACCUAGGAGGCCGCCGACACCACAAAAUCAACACACUCAUCUGAUCAAACCAAAAGAGCAACCCCCACCGACAAAGACACCGAUGGAACAAGCACAACAGGAACAGCCCACCAACCACCCCACAGAGGAACAACAGGACGCCCCCUCACCCACAAAAGCCAACUCUCAUACCACGUUGAGAGCACUCGUUCUCGUCGAGUCGACUGCGAACCUCCGAGCCAAACGGACCUCUCAGCCCUAAAAAAAAAAAAGGGACAGCUGACCCAGACCCGAACAGUGCACGCGCCAACUUGACAAUCUUUCGCGUAGAGAAAGUCUAAGUGAAAAAAAAGAAAAAAGUGACAA